UGGUAUUAGUGCUCGCGGGGCGGAGGCGGAGGGCGUCUUGCUCCCCUGCUCUUCUAAUCGCCCGCGGGUCGGCGCGCUCGCCCAGCUGAGCGGCGACCGGGGUUGUGGAGUGGCGGGGUUGUACGCUCAGCCGCCUCCUGGGAAGCGGAGACAGCUAGUCCCAACUCCGGGAUGGGGAGCGGGUUAAGUUGACGAGCCUCCCACCUACGCUGCUCCCCUCUUGCACUGAGGUGCGCUGCCCUCUCCAGGAGGUGCCCGCACGCGGCCCUGCUCCAGGGGCUGCAGCUAGAGGUCUGUCGCGCGUGUUUAUUUACCAAAGGAGCCGCCCCGGGGAGAAGACCGGGAGGGGAGUUGUUACCCCAGGGGAUACCUGCAGUCCAGCCAGGGGGUUUGGGCGGCCUGGAUGCACAAGACCCAGCCCCGCAGCCGCUGACGCCGGGCGGCGGCGAAGUUUGGCUGCUGAGCGGCGCGGCGCAAGGCCACUGGACAGCGGGCAGCCCGGCGACGGUGGCGACAGGAGCGAUGCCGGUGGGGGGCCUGCUGCCGCUCUUCAGCAGCCCCGCGGGCAGCGGCCUGGGUGGGGGGCUCGGCGGUGGCGGCAGCGGCAGCGGCAGGAAGGGGUCGGGCCCCGCCGCCUUCCGCCUGACGGAGAAGUUCGUGCUGCUGCUGGUGUUCAGCGCCUUCAUCACGCUCUGCUUCGGUGCGAUCUUCUUCCUGCCCGACUCCUCCAAGCUGCUCAGCGGGGUCCUUUUCCACUCCAGCCCCGCCCUGCAGCCGGCCGCCGACCACAAGCCCGGGCCCGGGGCACGCGCUGAGGACGCGGCAGAUGGGCGAUCCCGGCGCGGCGAGGAGGGCGCACCCGGGGACCCGGCGGCCGCCCUGGAGGACAACUUGGCCAGGAUCCGCGAAAACCACGAGCGGGCUCUGAGGGAAGCCAAGGAGACGCUGCAGAAGCUGCCCGAAGAGAUCCAAAGAGACAUCCUGUUGGAGAAGGAGAAGGUGGCCGAAGAGCAGCGGCGUGACAGGUCGGUGUUCAGGAAGCUGCCCCCGGUGUACUUGAUGCCCCUCAUCGGGCCGGUUGACCAGGAGCCCACCGACGCCGCCGUCCGCAACAAAAGGGCGAAGAUCAAAGAGAUGAUGAAACAUGCUUGGAAUAAUUAUAAACGUUACGCCUGGGGGCAAAAUGAACUGAAGCCUGUAUCAAAAGAAGGCCAUUCAAGUAGUUUGUUUGGUAAUUUCAAAGGAGCAACAAUAGUAGAUGCUCUGGAUACACUUUUUAUUAUGGAAAUGAAAGAUGAAUUUGAAGAGGCAAAAUCAUGGGUUGAAGAAAAUCUAAAUUUUGAUGUGAAUGCUGAAGUUUCUGUUUUUGAAGUAAAUAUACGCUUUGUUGGUGGACUACUCUCAGCCUACUAUCUGUCGGGAGAAGAGAUAUUUCGAAAGAAAGCAGUGGAACUUGGGGUAAAAUUGCUACCUGCAUUUCGUACUCCCUCUGGAAUACCUUGGGCGUUGCUGAAUAUAAAAAGUGGGAUUGGAAGGAACUGGCCCUGGGCCUCGGGAGGCAGCAGCAUUUUGGCAGAAUUUGGAACUCUGCAUUUGGAGUUUAUACACUUGAGCUACUUGUCAGGAAACCCCAUCUUUGCUGAAAAGGUGAUGAAUAUCCGAAGAGUACUGAAUAACCUGGAAAAACCACAAGGUCUUUAUCCCAACUAUCUGAAUCCCAGUAGUGGACAGUGGGCUCAAUAUCAUGUAUCUGUUGGAGGACUUGGAGACAGCUUUUAUGAAUAUUUGCUAAAGUCGUGGUUAAUGUCAGACAAGACAGAUUUAGAAGCUAAGAAGAUGUAUUUCGAUGCUGUUAAGGCAAUUGAGACCCACUUGAUCCGGAAGUCGAGUAACGGGCUGACUUACAUCGCAGAGUGGAAAGGGGGCCUCCUGGAACACAAGAUGGGCCACCUGACCUGCUUUGCUGGGGGCAUGUUUGCACUUGGGGCACAUGACGCCCCAAAAGGCCUGACCGAACACUACCUUCAGCUCGGGACUGAAAUCGCCCGUACCUGUCAUGAGUCUUACAAUCGCACAUUUAUGAAACUGGGACCAGAAGCUUUCAGAUUCGAUGGUGGUGUUGAAGCCAUUGCUACACGGCAGAAUGAGAAAUACUACAUCCUACGGCCAGAAGUUGUCGAGACUUACAUGUACAUGUGGCGACUGACUCAUGACCCAAAGUACAGGAAAUGGGCCUGGGAAGUCGUAGAGGCCCUGGAAAAUCACUGCAGACUGAAAGGAGGCUAUUCAGGCCUCAGGGACGUUUACCUGAGCCGUGAGAGCUACGACGACGUGCAGCAGAGCUUCUUCCUGGCAGAGACGCUCAAAUAUUUGUACUUAAUAUUUUCUGAUGACGAUCUACUUCCCCUGAAACAUUGGAUCUUCAAUACCGAAGCCCAUCUUCUCCCUGUCCUCUCUAAUAAUAUAAAGAAAGCUGAAGUCAAUGACCAAUAAAAAGACAUUUUAUGUUUUACUCUACUCCACUCCCUUCACUGCAUACCUUAAUAAUUCCUUUUCUGGUGUUCAGGCACAUGCUGAAUUUUUAUUAAUAGGUCUGUGAUUAUCCUAAGUUCUAAAAUCGUUUUGCAGUCUUUUAUGUUUAUUAUCAUAGGCAUCAAUGGACAUAAAUUCCUCAUUGUAUCCUUUAUUAUUCAGUCAGUGAAUCACAGGUUUGUUUGCUUGUUUUUUUAAGUAAUCUGUUAUCUCUGGAGUUCAUGAAGGUAUGGUAUCAUUUGUGUUAAACUGAGUAGAAUGGUAUACCAAUGACCUCUUAAUUACGAUUUUGAUUUGACUGCAAAACUUUUUCCUCCUCUAUGAGGAGAUGAUGUCUGCUUUAAGCUGUAAUGUUUUGCCAUGUUGCAAAAAGCCAUAAUAAUAAAUUAAAUAAUGAAAAAGCUCUUUCCUUUUCAAUUUUAUGUUAAUCUGGUUUGUCUAUCCACCAGAGACAGAUCUUAUAACUGUGACAGCCUCCUUAUGCGGGUCUAUCGUUAUUUGAUAGAAUGUCUUCUAAAAGACUUCACAUUGUAAUUCAAAUUAGAAUCUCAUCCCAAAAGGAUCAUCUCCUGUUGACCUCAUUUCACUGGAACCACGGUGUAUUUUUGUUGGUUAAUUAUAUUAGUGUUUUCUAAUUUGGGAAUUAGUUCCCAAGUUUGACAUUAAAUCAGUUUACUCUGUUUCCUACCACACAGCAAGGUGAGCUUUCCAGUUUUGCAGAGCUCUGCUAUUACUGAAUUAUAUUUUUUAAAGAGAAAUUGUGUAACUUUUAUAAGUGUGUUAGACUUUGCUUUUAUCUGAAUAUAUGAAGAAAAUGCGUCUCUCCACAGAGAGGGUGAGUAUUUCAUAUGGUUUUUAGUUUGCAUUUCAUCUUCAAUUGUUUUCUUGAAAAAAAGAAAGCAUUACAUUUGAUUCAGAUUUUUCAGAUUUGAAGAGGGCCCUUUCUCAAAUGUAGUAAGUCACUUCAUUUCAGUUUAUGAAAGCAGGAUUUAACUCUGAAAAAUGCUAAUGUAUCUCUUCACGGUCAAUUGAGGAAAAUCUAAUAAAACUUUCGGCCAAAUUAGGGUAUAGUGUAUUUUAUCUGGUUAAAUUCAACAUAGAGAUCUCCGCUUAGAAAUAAUACAUAGGAAUGGACACUCCCAAUCCUCCACAGUCCUGUAGCAAAUCAAAAUAAUUAUAUGGUUCUUCAAAGCAUUUUUUUUUUUGAGAUAUGAGUUGUUUUCCCAAGAAUAGAUUUGGUGACACCUUGUGUUUUCUUAUUUUAUAUAUAUUCUCAUGAAAGGGCUAAUAUGAUGAUGCCUGUCCCAAGGUACAAAGCUUUGACCACCUGCAUUUUCAGCCUCCCGUGGUCGGGCAGGUCAGUGCCACCCCACAGAUUAUCCUGAAGCACAUGAAAUGGAAGCGUUUUUACUUUAAAAACUGUUCAAUACCAGUCAUUUCAUGGGGCUCAACCUGGUAUUUUUUAAGACAAUUAUUUUCUUACAUCUCAACAGACUUAGUUGUUUUCACUCUUUCAGCUUUUGAAAGUGUUUCUAAAGAUUUCCUUCGUCUGAAAGGACCACCUUGUAUGACCUACCCUUUUUUCAAUAUUAUACAUUGGUAUAUGUCAAAGAAUAGAUCAGUACAAUUAGUAAAUGAAAAAGAUCUCCUUUAGUACAUCAUGAUUGCUAUGUUAAUGUGUUUCUGUGACACAGAAUAAUUUCUUCCACUCACAUCUUCAGCUCACCCUAUGAAAUGAAUGGAUAGUGCCUUUGCUUAAAGGCAAAAUAUAGAAGAUUCUUGUCAAAAUUGGACCAUAUAUAUUUAGAUUAUAAUUUUCAUAUGAACGUCCUUGGACUAGCAAUUUUAAUUAAUUUAUUUUCUUUGCUUUUCAAUCUGAUUUGAAAGAGCACAAGCUAAUAGGUAUUUCUGCAGCAGAUAGGAUAUUAAAAUCAGAUUGUAUGCACACACUGCACUAGGAGGUACCAUCCGUGUUCUGGCAUUAACAGGCGAGGUGACUAUACUACAUGCUGCUCAGCCAAUGGCAAGAACAAAGUUCUUUCAAUUGUAGAACUUGGAUUUUUUUAACGCAAGUCCCAAAACACCAAAAAUGUAAACAAGAUAAGAGAUUAAUAUUAUGAUGGUAUAAUUUAAUUAUAUAGUUUGUGUUAAUUAUUUUAAACAACUGAAGUCCUUAGGUAGAUACUGUCUUUCAUUUUCAGCAAAAACUGUGCAAUGAAGUUUACUUAUGUAUUCACAUCCCAAAAAGUGAAUAAUUAAAACAGCAUUUAAUUUUGUGUUUCUGCAUAUGUUUUGGUAUAGUUUGUGCAGUUAAUAUUACACGUUUAAGUUGUAUGGCAGUUUACAGAAUUCAGUGAUGUUUGUCAUGACGCCUUCACAUGUGUUACCCAUUCCUUCCAUUGACUGUUCUUGAUUUGUGCAUAAAUCCAUCCUGUCAUUUCCAACUUUAUAUAAAUCUCUAAUGUUAUGGGAAACAUAAUAGAUUGACACAUAAUUUUUAAAAAUUAUAUUUGUAAAAUUUCUCUAUUGUAAAUAAAGCCUUUUAAUAUAUCUCCUCA